AUUCGCGAGUCUUUAAUGAGGUCGGAUGGAAUCCGCAAUGUGUUUAAGAAAAUUGAGAAGAUAACAGAGAGGUUUGAGAAAGGUGAUUUUGAGGAGGGUUCGGAGCCUCUGUCUCAGGUGGUGUGUCUCAGGGACCAGUUGCGAGCCGUCGUGGUGAAGACUUGUGCCGAUGUCGAGACCCUGGAGGAUAGAUUGAAGAAACUUCAUGAGUUGGAGCUUCUUGAGUUCGAGGAGAAGACCAAGAAUCACUACCACGCUCUAUUGUCUGGAGCUGGAUACUACUCUACAGCUUCAAAAGCUCCAGAAGAAGUAGAGUCUUUACUCAGAGAGAUGGUUGUGUAUGGAGUUGCUCCUACCAACAUCACUUUCUGGGUGUUGCUGAAGGCUCUUGCUGAUUCUGGGAAGCUAGAUCUGGCUCUCAACUACUUGGAGCGAAUGGAGGAGGAGUUUAGUGUGAAGCCAGAGUCCACUCACCAUGGGGUAGUGAUCGAUGGUUUUGCCAGAACCAAAGACCCCCAAAACCUGGCCUUUGCUGUUGAGAGGGUGAAGCAACUUGUCCCUUUCCAGGGUCAGGAAAUGUCAUUCAAUGCCAUACUGAGCAGGUGCUAUCCACCCAGAUAUCCUACCGAAGAAGAUCUGGAGUGGUUGGUUAGUGUCAUCCCCAUUGCCCAGGACCUGAUUAAUUUUCUGCAUGGAGCCAGUUAUGUGUACACGGUGCUGGAAUCUACCCAUUGGAGACUCAAGGUUCGAGGGAUCAUUUGGCCCAAAUCGGUUCUGACUAGGCCUGAUGAUGUUCUUGUUGGUGGGAAGAUCCAGAAGAAGGUUCGAGGGAUCAUUUGGCCCAAAUCGGUUCUGACUAGGCCUGAUGAUGUUCUUGUUGGUGGGAAGAUCCAGAAGAAGGUUCGAGGGAUCAUUUGGCCCAAAUCGGUUCUGACUAGGCCUGAUGAUGUUCUUGUUGGUGGGAAGAUCCAGAAGAAGGGGGGGAGGGCAGUGAGGGAAGGAGGAUGAGGAUGUGAUAGGAUAUCAAGAAGCAAUGACAACACGUGGCUUCUUUAUUUCUUGCUAUUUACUUAUUCAAAUAAGAGACCUAGUCUUUUGGAGAUUAGUUCCCACUUUGUGUUGCGUUCCCGUUUUGUAAGACCAUCAUUAUUGAUGGAACUUUUAUCUGAGUCCUUAGAUUUUCUUA